AGUUGCAUUGAAACGUUGAAGCGUGGCGUACGUAAUUGUCUCGGUAUUGUUUGGUUGUAUUGACUGCUGUGGUGGCUUCAGUGGGAAUUUGGCACUGCUCAAAUCCGAGCGUUGCUGCUGCUGCGUUUAGUAUAGAUUUUCUGCCAGUGCUCCAAAUAUACAUAUAAAAGAAGUGCAAAAUAAGUGGUGUAAGCAUAUUUAUCGCAUAGACGCGUAACAAAUACUGCCAACCCUCAAAAGUCGCCGUUGAAGCCGCUGCCGCUGUCGCCGUCGUCGUCGUCGCUGUUGCGUCGCUACAGCAAGCAAAAAGAAAGAGAAAAAACAAGUGCGCGAGUAUUGUAAAAUGUUUGCACGCCGUGGACCGAGCGCACUAGCGGCGCUGCUGCUGCUCUGCUGCUAUACAACGCAUGCAGCUGCCGCCGAUUUGGCGGACAAAUUGCGCGAUGAUUCGGAACUUUCACAGAGCACUGCCAAAAGCUUCAAGCGCCUUAUGCCAGUUAGGUUCUACAGUCUGCUGGAGCAGAAUCCUGUUGCCAACUCGACGCUCUCGCUGCGCUCCUGCACCAUCUUUGUGCCCACUAACGAAGCCUUCCAGCGCCACAAGGGUCCCACCCAUGUCCUCUACCACAUCACCACGGCGGCGUUCAGUAAAGAUCAGCUGGAAAAGACCGUGUCAUCGGACAUGGACGGCAAUCCACCGCUCUACAUAACAAAGAGCCGCAAUGGUGACAUCUAUGUGAACAAUGCCCGCAUCAUACCCUCGCUCAGCGUCGAGCUGACAAACCGCGAGGGCAAGCGACAGGUCAUGCAUAUUAUUGACGAGGUCCUGGAACCACUCACUUCGCUGCCCACUGCCAAGACAGAAAUUAAUAAUCUCGAUGCCCUGCAAUUUAUACAAAAGGCCGAUCAGCUGACUGUCGGCGACAACAAGCUGCGCACCUAUCGCUCCCAAAUGGCGCUCAUGAAGAAGGAAUCGCUGUACAUGGCGCCGGGAGCGCACACCUUCCUGCUGCCCGUGGAUGAGGGCUUCAAGAUUACGACCCGCAGCAGUUUGGUGGACGGCAAGGUCAUCGACGGUCAUGUUAUACCGAACACUGUCAUUUUCACUGCCGCCUCGCAACAUGACGAGCCCAAGACUUCCGCUGCCUUUGAGGAUCAACUGAAGGUCACAGUCAGCUUCUUCAAGCAAAAGGACGGCAAAAUGUAUGUCAAGUCCAAUACAAUUGUCGGCGAUGCCAAGCAUCCGGAGGGCGUGGUCCUGUCUGAGAUUGUCAAGGCCAAUAUACCCGUGAAAAAUGGUGUCAUCCAUUUGAUUCGUCGACCGCUUAUGAUCAUCGAUACGACCGUCACACAGUUUCUACAGUCGUUCAAGUUUAUGAACGACAACGGUGAGAACGGAGCCCUGCGCAAGUUCCUGGAGGUGAUCAUGGACGCUGGUGGCGCAGUGCUGGAUGGCAUUAACAAUCUGUCUGAAGUAACGAUUUUGGCACCCAGCAAUGAAGCUUGGAACACUUCGUCUAUUGACAAUAUUAUUAGAGAUCGCCAGAGGAUGUCUGAUAUUCUUAAUAUGCACAUCAUCAAGGAGCGCUUGAACGUCGAAAAGAUCAGACAAAAGAAUGCCAAUAUGAUCGCCCAGGUGCCCACCGUGAAUAAUAGAACGUUCCUGUACUUUAACAUUAAUGGCGAGGGCGCUGAUGCUAAGAUCACCGUUGAAGGUGGCGGCGUUAAUGCCACCGUGCUGCAAGCCGAUGUUGCGCAGACCAAUGGCUAUGUGCACAUCAUUGAUCAUGUGCUGGGUGUGCCACAUACCACUGUGUUGGGCAAGCUGGAAACCGAUCCCAUGAUGAAAGCUACCUACGAAAUGGGCCACUUCUCGAACUUUAAUGAUCAGCUAAAUAAUACCCAGCGCCGAUACACGUUCUUUGUGCCCCGCGACAAGGGCUGGCAGAAGACUGAACUGGACUAUCCCUCGGCACACAAGAAGCUCUUCAUGCGUGACUUUGCCUAUCAUUCGAAAUACAUUUUGGAACGUCAUCUAGUCAUUGCGGACCACGUGUUUACCAUGAAAGAUUUGGCACAAAUGUCUCUUACUACCGACAAUGUGGUGUUGCCCACGUUCCGCGAUUCGCUCAAAAUGAAGGUCACCGAGGAGGCUGGACAUCUACAUGAUGAGUAUGCUAGUCACGAAUGGACUGGAUAUGUGAUCACGUGGAAUUUCAAGAAGAUAAACGUAUAUCGGCCGGAUGUUGAGUGCACCAAUGGCAUCAUACAUGUCAUCGACUAUCCGUUGCUGCAGGAGAAAGACGUUGUUGUUAGCGGAGGUUAGAUAUUGUAUAACUAGCCUCUCUCUGUCCGUAUGUGUGCGCGGUCAGACCGAAGAGUGCGCAACAAGUGAAUUAUAAUAAUGAUAAUGAUAAUGAUAUCCUGUGUUAACCACGUCAACAAAUACAGUAAACUAUCAGCCUAAACGUACACACAAACCGUCAACCUACCAACCAGACAAGCCCCAAUACAUCCAUACUAUAUAAUAUAUAAAUAAUAAACUGUAGUCAAAUAGUGGCUAAUCCCUCCAUAUCGAGAUUGAUCCCAGACCCUCCUUCAUAUUAUCUUUAGUAGGCAUCGUUGCUUGUUUUGCAAAAACAAUUUAGUUUGGCAGUUUAGCUAAAGAAACAAAAGAAGAAGAAACAAGAACUAAAAGUAAAAAGUGAAAACUAAAUGUAAAGAAUACGCUAAAUGUAACUGUACACGUAAAAGCUUUAAACUUUGAUCGGAUUAUGGAAGAGGGAUUUGUAUGUCGUAGUCAGUAGUUGCACGUUAAGCAGAGGGCCCGGACUCUGGUUGAUGAUGCUUCAAAUAUGUGGAGAGUGGGGUGCCUAGCGUGCAACUAGUGCCUUACUAAAGAUAAACGCAUUACCUUAACCUUUAUACAAAUUUACUCAUCAUAAAAUAUAAACAAACAAAAAAAAAAAAAAAA